AUGCAUCGAAGCCGGACACCUCACCCUCGACGAGCCCACUCCCGCAUCCUGCCCGAACUUGCCUCUCGCCCCAUUCUGGAAUCCUUCUCCGACUCCGGUCCCGUCUACCGUCCUAGCACCACUCCUAUAACAGCGAGGCAUCUUCUAACCCAUACUUCAGGGCUCGGAUACUACUUCCUGCAUCCUUUACUUACCAAAUGGGCUAAUCACGCACAACGUCCACCCACUAAUCUGGUCGUGGAGAAGUACAAUUACCCCCUCCUCUUCGAACCCGGCGAAGGCUGGCAAUACGGCUGCGGACUCGAUUGGGCUGGCGUGGCAGUUGCGCGGAUCUCAGGCAUGAACCUAGAAGACUACAUGAUCGAGCGCAUCUGGAAACCCGUCGGUCGCUCAGCUCCCUUCCCUACAUUCCACCUCUCCCGCCACUCAGAGUACAAAGCGCGGCUACUGCAGAUGGUCAAGCGCUCCAAUACAGGCCGCCUUGAGCCCGCUGAGCUACCUGUAGGCGACAACCCAGAUGACGAAGAAGGCGGUGCCGGCCUCACGAUGACUAUGCGCGACUUCACUGCCGUGCUUGCCGACCUCGUCUCCGGUGACCCGAAACUCCUGACACCAGCCACGAUCUCCAUGGCCUUCGAACCCCAAAUCCCCUCUUCCUCCCCCGCCAUCCCCAUGCUAAAGCAGCUCCGUCCUGCAUGGGACAUGGUCUCCGGCCCCGUGCCCUCCGAGAGCGUGAACCACGGGCUUCUGGGCCUGUUGCUACAAGGCGAGGCCCCGGAGAUCAAGCAGCCUGCAGGUCUGAUGGUCUGGGGUGGCGCGGCGAAUGUGCUGUGGUUUGUGGGCAGGGAGGAGGGGGUGGCGGGGUGUUUUGCUACGCAGGUGCUGCCUUUGGGGGAGCAGAGGGUUAAGGAAUUGGCGAAUGCUUGGAGGAGGGACUUUUGGGGAGGCUGGAGGGAGGGGAGGGCGUGA